UUUCCCAACAACACAUCAGUGAUGGAGCAGCGUCUGUUCAUAUUUCUGUUUUUCACAGGAUUGGUCCCUCUUGUCCUGUCUGUGCCUCAUAUAUACUACCUGAUCCAGCAGGGGAAAACAUGGAGUGAUGCUCAGGCUUACUGCCGAGCCACACACACUGACCUGGCUAUCGUGAAAAGUAAUGAGGACAUGGUCCGACUUCAGAAUGAAGCACAGAGACAACAGUUCAGUUCCAGUGCUUGGGUUGGACUGUACAAUGACAUCAACAGCUGGCGCUGGUCCCUUGGAAAUGAGCCACUGGGAAGUAUGAGACUGUGGAUUGCAGGACAGCCUAACAAUGUGGAUGGACAUCAGGAGUGUGCUGCAAUAGGCCCAUGGGGUUGGAACGAUAUAACAUGUACAGAUGCAUUACCCUUUGUGUGCUUUGAUGGUAAAGAACAGAAUAUGUUUAACAUUUUGUCAGUAGGGAAGGUUGUCCUAUGA